CGUGACUGACGGAGCUCUUAAAGAAACAGUGCACUAGAUUCGCCGCACACAUAGCGUGUGAGGCUCGCUCAGGUGUAAACACACACGUACAGACAAAACAGGACUCAGUCUCAGCCCUAAACAAUACUUGGAAUGCUGGAUUGUGUUUUGUGAGGGAUUCCAAAUUGACAGAGAUUUGAUUUAACCCCAAGACCAAGUGUAUGGACGAAUAUUGUAGAUCAGUCUGCACUGAAUUUUCAAGAUAACGACAAUGUAUGAGAACGUACCGACAGUGUCUGCUUCCGAGCGGCAGCAGGUGCUCCAGGCCUUGGAAAGACUUCAGUCCAAGCUCGUGCAGAGAGAAGAGUGGACCCACAGCGACAGACUCGGCACACUGAAGGAAGCCCUGCAGAGCCCUCUGUUCGGCCACAUCCUCACCCUGCAGCACUCCGUCAAACAGCUUAAAGACCAGUUAAACAGCUUGCCUCCGGACACAUGCACAGAGUUCAGUUUCUCCAGGAAGGGCCAGCUGAUCGUCAGUGCGAGUCGUCCGUCCAGCAGCCUGGGAUCCGUGGUGUCCAACGGUACAGCUUCAACUAACACAUCUUCUGAGCAGCUUCAGAGAUGGAUAAAUGCGGCCGCAAUGGGAAGGAAGACGGAGCUCAUCAGCCUGCAGAAGCCGUUAUCUGGAGGUCUGGGUUUCAGUGUGGUCGGCCUGAGACCAGAGGGGGUGGGCAGUCAUGGUGUGUUCGUCAGACAGGUGCAACAAGGGAGCGUCGCAGACAGGGAUGGAAGAUUGCAGGAGAAUGAUCAGAUUCUGGCAAUUAACGGGAUUCCUCUGGAUCAGAGCGUGACGCAGCAGCAGGCUAUCGCUCUCCUCCAGCAACAGAAAGACAGAGUGGAGCUGGUGGUGGCCAGAGACUCUGUGGCCAAACCCCGACUCUCUACAUCUGCACCCAUUCAGAUGGAUCAGUGGGGACAUGUGGAGGAGAUUGAGCUGGUGAAUGAUGGAUCCGGCCUGGGAUUUGGGAUUGUCGGAGGCAAGGCAACAGGAAUGGUUGUCAGGACCGUGUUGCCAGACAGCGUGGCCGAUAAGCCAAAUUUGGAGGGCUACGAAAUCCACGAAGUUGCGUUAAAAAAGAAGGAAGGCCAGAGCCUCGGGAUCUCCAUAAUCGGACACAACGCUUUGACUGCUAAGGAUGCGGUGGGGGUCUUCGUGAAGAACGUGGUUCCAGGCAGCGCCGCUGAGCAGAGCGGGAAAAUCCAUGUCCACGACAGGAUAAUAGCAUUGGAUGGCGUGAACCUCCAGGGAUUCACCAACCAGGAAGUCCUGGAAGUAAUGAAGCGGACAGGUGAUAUCGUACACCUUACCCACAUUAGGAAGAUCAACUCGCCCAAGAGGACAGUCGUAGAAAAAUCACUAGAUAAAGUCCAGAGAGAGUCGUCGCGUGUGUCUCUGAAGAGAUCGUCUGAGAUCAAGGCGCGGGCGGAUGUUCAGAGGGGCUCUGUUGUGGAGUCUAUGGACUCUGCUCUGAGUGGGAUCAAACAACAGCUGCAGGGGAAAAUGCAAGAGCCGGCCCCGCUGACGGAGAUGGAGCUUCGCGCUAAAUGGGAACAGGCUCUUGGUCCACAUUACGAUGUUAUGGUUGUACAGCUUGACCCUGUCAUAGAUGAUGAUAUUGAGCUGCAGAAGUACUCCAAGCUUCUCCCAAUACACAUAAUGCGCUUGGGUGUGGAACUAGACUCUUUUGAUGGACACCACUACAUUUCCACAGUGGCUCCUGAGGGUCCGGUGGCAAAACAUGGGCUGCUUCGACCAGAGGAUGAACUUCUGGAGGUGAAUGGCGUGCAGUUGUAUGGGAAGUCCAGACGAGAGGCUGUUGCGUUCCUCAGAGAGGUUCCUCCUCCCUUUACUUUGGUUUGCUGCAGACGCCUAGCUGAAGAAGGCAGCGAAUACCACCCUGAAUCUGAAGAGUGGCACUCAUCCAGCCCCUCAGCCAGCCUACAGGAGCAGAUUGAGAAUAACCUCUCCAUGUUUGCCAAAGAUACAAGUCUACGUGAGAGCAUGAGGGAAGAGUUUCAGGCAUCAGCAGUGGAGCAAGAGGUUAACGAUAAAGAAGAGCCCCUAGAGCCAAGCAGCCCUGAGAGAGAGCAGAUGGAUGAGGAGAAGGGUGAUGAAGAAGAUGAAGGGGAACUAGCUCUGUGGUCUCCAAAUGUGCAGGUGCUAGAACUAGAGAAAGGAGAGCGAGGCCUUGGCUUCAGCAUACUAGACUACCAGGACCCUCUGGACGUUGCGCGCUCUGUGAUUGUCAUCCGCUCUCUGGUGCCUGGAGGGGUGGCGGACAUUCACGGCGGGCUCCUCCCGGGUGACCAGCUGGUUUUCGUCAAUGACACUCAUCUAGACACAUGCUCUCUGGCCCAGGCCGUAGAGGUCCUCAAAUCUGCUCCGCCUGGGAGAGUCUACCUUGGGAUCAGGAAACCACUGGUGCCAGAGGACAAAGGUAGUGGGCAGCAGUCCUCUUGGCCUGUAGAGGGCGCUGAUGAGCAAACAGCAGGAAAACAGGCCGUCACUCUCCGAUCUAUGCAAGAGGACUUUGGGAACGGCUCUGUCUUAUCUGACGAUCUGGAUGAGGAGCCAGAGCUUAUCCUGGACGCUGAGCCCCGCUACGCCUCUCCCCUCACCACCAUUGACCUCCUGCCCGUCCUGGAGCGAGAGAUGGCUGUAGAUGAGGAUGAUGAAGAGCAGGAGAUGGACACCAUGAAGGAUCAAGGGAGCUCCAAGGUCAAGGGCGACAGUCUGCCUUCAUACUUGAGUGAGAAGACUCGCUCCUGGGAAGAGCCAACACCAUCCAACCCCUACCAGUUCAACAUUCAACCUGAUACACAAGAACAGUUCGCAGAGGUGGACAAUGAGCUUUGCACAAGCUUUGAGAAGAUUCAGCUGCAGCUCCCGCACAUUCCCCUUAGUCAGUCGGCCACAUGGAUAGAGGCAGCAGACAGCGAGGCAGACUCUGACUCCAGAAACGAAGGCUCAGAGCUUACCUUGACCGACACCGACACUGAAUCUGCACAGCGCACUUCCUCUCGCAGCAGGAAGAGAAGAAACCAGGGGGCUGCCGGUUCAAUCAGAGAAGGCCACAGUGAUCUGCCUGAAAGAGAGGAGGGAGAAGGUGAGGAGACACCUGCGUUCAGUCACUGGGGUCCCCCACGCAGGGUGGAGGUGUUGCCAAAUCCGGAGGAGUCUCUGGGCAUCAGCAUAGUGGGCGGCCGCACAGUUAUAAAGAGGCUGAAGAACGGAGAGGAACUGAAGGGCAUUUUCAUCAAACAGGUGCUGCCAAACAGCCCAUCUGGACGCACGGGUGCCCUUAAAACAGGAGACAAGAUCUUACAGGUUUGUGGAGUGGAUUUGCAGAAUGCCAGCCAUGAGGAGGCAGUACAGGCUAUAAAAGCGGCGCCCAGUCCCGUGGUCUUCAUCGUGCAGAGCCUGUCCUCCACUCCACGGCAGAAAGCAGGACAGACCAGCGGCCCUCCACCCAUGCGCCUCCCCCCACCUUACAGACCCCCCAGCCAAGUGCAGGAGGAGGAGCAGCAGGAGGAAGAGAGCGAGGAUGAGGAGCAAGCUAAAGAGGUGAUCAGGCAGAGGUACGCGGACCUGCCGGGAGAGUUGCUGAUCGUGGAACUGGAGAAAGAUCGGAAUGGCUUGGGCCUCAGUCUGGCUGGGAACAGGGAUCGCUCCUGCAUGAGCAUCUUCGUGGUGGGGAUCACCGCCGGAGGGCCGGCCAGCCGAGAUGGACACAUCAAAGUGGGCGACGAGCUGUUGGAGAUAAACAACCAGGUGUUGUACGGCAGGAGCCACCAGAAUGCAUCGGCCAUAAUAAAAAGCGCCUCUUCAAAGGUCAAACUCGUCCUGGUCAGGAAUGAAGAUGCUAUCAAUCAAAUGGCUGUCGCUCCUUUUCCUUCCCAGCCUUCCUCGUUCUACUCCAGUGAGACGCAUCAGAAUACGCCAGCAGUUCCAGCUCCAGCAGAGAAGCCACAGCUACCCGAGAGCCUCCCUCUGAGCAGAAGUUCACCUGAGCCGCCACUAAUCAAGGAUCAACCCAGCUUGGCGCCGACCGUGAGCUCCACGCAGACAGAUCAAGUGCAGAAGACUUUCAGAGAUGGAGAGUCAGCCUUAAAGAAGCUGAAAUCUUCAGAGAAAAUAUUGGAGUCUCCAAGCGAACAGCCACCCAAGCCUCUUGUGGAGCAGAUCACCAGUCUUCCAAAAAUCCAGAGGAAUUCCACCAAGCCCUCAGCAGGUUCUCUGGAGGUCACAUCCUCAGGAUCAUACGUGCCAGUGUCCGGCACCAGCCCUGACUUCGAGUACUGCAGCAAAGACCCUGCUACAUGUCCCAUAGUUCCAGGACAAGAGACGGUUAUUGAGAUUUCUAAAGGCCGGUCUGGACUGGGUCUCAGUAUAGUUGGCGGCAAAGAUACUCAGCUGGAUGCCAUAGUGAUUCAUGAAGUGUAUGAGGAGGGGGCGGCGGCGCGGGACGGUCGGCUCUGGGCUGGAGAUCAGAUUCUCGAGGUGAAUGGAGUGGAUCUGCACAGCGUGGCUCACGAAGACGCAAUAGCUGCUCUACGGCAAACACCAGCCGAAGUGCGGUUGACGGUCCUGCGAGAUGAGGCGCAAUACAGGGACGAGGAGAACCUCGACGUGUUCCGCAUUGAACUUCAGAAGAGAACCGGACGCGGGCUGGGCCUGAGCAUCGUUGGGAAGAGAAAUGGUAAGGGUGUGUUCAUCUCAGAUGUGGUGAAGGGCGGAGCGGCUGAUCUGGACGGCAGGCUGAUGCAGGGUGAUCAGAUCCUGUCUGUGGAUGGAGAGGACAUGAGACAGGCCUCACAGGAGACUGUUGCCGCCAUUCUCAAGUGCGCCAGGGGCAAGGUGCUGUUGGAGCUGGGCCGACUGAAGGCUGCCUCCUGGAUCUCUUCCAGAUGCACCUCCCAGGGAAGUCAGAUGAGCCACGUGAGCGCCAACAGCAGCACCCCAACCCCCAUGCCCCCUGCUGUGGCCCCGCCCCCCUCUCAAACCCUCAACAACAACAGCCAAAACAUCACCGAGACCAACAGCAAAAGCACAGGGACAGAGCCAGGUGUUCGGACAGUGGAGAUCACACGGGGUCCCACUGAUGCUUUGGGUGUGAGUAUAGCGGGUGGUAAGGGCAGUCCGCUGGGCGACAUCCCCAUUUUCAUCGCCAUGAUCCAGGCCAACGGCGUGGCUGCCAGGACACAUCGCCUCAAAGUAGGUGACAGGAUUGUGAGCAUCAACUCUCAGUCUCUGGAUGGCUUGACUCAUGGGGAUGUCGUAAAUAUGCUGAAGAAUGCGUACGGCACCAUCGUCCUCCAGGUGGUUGCCGACACCAACAUCAGUGCCAUAGCCAGUCAGGUGGAGAGUCUGUCCAGUAGCUCCACCCCAAGCACCAAUCCAGAGGUCCGGCCGGUGGAACCAGAGACGCCCAAGCCAAAGACCAUCACUCUGGAGAAGGGCUCAGAGGGGCUGGGCUUCAGCAUCGUGGGCGGCUUUGGGAGUCCACAUGGAGAUCUUCCUAUCUACGUCAAAACCGUGUUCAGCAAGGGGGCAGCGGCGGUGGACGGGCGUCUGAAACGCGGUGACCAGCUGCUAUCGGUUAAUGAAGAGAGUCUGGAGGGCGUCACACACGAGCAGGCUGUGGCCAUACUGAAGAAGCAGCGGGGAAGCGUCACGCUGUCAGUCCUCUCCUAACAAACACACUAAGGACUACAUCCACUGAAAAACACACACUUUGCAUCAGCAGCGGCCAUUAUUCGGCCACCUUACUUCCUGAUAUGGAGACCAUUUGCACUCGAUCGUUUAAACUCCGCCAUCUUGCUGUUUGUGCACCUGGUAUCGAAAUCAAUCCGAAAAAUACUCAUAAAGGGAAAUUACUGUAUCGUCUUUGUCUUAGUCACAGACAUGUAGCCUCUCCACUGGUGACAGUGAGCAGGUGAAUAUUAGAGAAGGUUAUUUUGAUGAAAUGAGUGCUGGUAACUCAAGACCAGGAGGAAAAAUUAAAGUAGCGGAUGCACAACACACACUAACACACGCAAUUUGUUUGUAAUUAUCUUUUCAGUCCACAUACAAUAACUUAUAAUGUGGUUAUAAUGUAUAAUGUGGUAAUCUUGAUCUUUUAAUUUAAAACAAUAUGUACAUGACCUACUGACAAACCAACCCUAUUUACAAGAAAUCAGAUUAAUUGUAUGUAGUAGAUGAAUUCAUGGAUGAGCAUUAAUACGGGAUGACAGACGUGCCUUGGAAUGGGCAGAUCAGAUUGUAAUGGGAUGUUUUGUUUAGCUAGUAUUAAGAUAUAAGGAUCAUUUAAAUCAGGUUCUUUACAUUGCAGGGUAGCUUUGUGAUUAUUUCAAGAAAUAGUUCAUUAAAAGAUGAAAAAAAAACAUCCCUGAUGUUGCUCCAAACCUGUGUGUUACUCUUUCUUCUGU